AUGCAGUUCACCAUUGCUACCAUCUCUGCCAUCUUGGCUCUCACUUCUUUCACUGAGGCUGCUCCUCGCAAUGUUCAACGAUCUCAACCUCUCAGUCUGACUGCCCAGCUUCAACUUGCCGAUACUGCCGCUGAUCGCUUCGCUCUUCUUCCCAACGACGAUGACUUCGUCUUCGACUUCAACACCAAGCAGCCCAACCCUGGAAAGGGCGGCGAACUCAUCGCUGCUAACCGCAAGACCUUUCCUGCUCUUGUCGGUACCGGCUCAGGGAUGGCCUUUGGCCGAGUUGAUGCCUGCGGCAUGAACACUCUCCACGUCCACCCCCGCUCCGCCGAACUCCAAGUCGUAACCUCCGGCCGUCUCAUCACCGAAAUGGUUCCCGAGAACGGCGUCAUGGACAAGGAUGGCAAGCGCCGAGUUAUCCACACCGAACUCAAGGCCAACAUGAUGACUCCCUUCUACCAAGGCUCUGUCCACACUCAGUACAACCCCGACUGCGAGCCUGCUACUUUUGUCGCUUCUUUCGCUGCUGAGGAUUUCGGUACUGGCCAGAUUGCUGAUGAGGUUGUUGCUCUGAGCGAUGAUGUUAUUGCUGCUACUUUUGGUCAGAGCAUUGCUGGUGAGGAUAUUGACAAGGUCCGCGCUGCUAUUCCUCGAAGCAUUGCUCUUGGUGUUGAGGAAUGCUUGAAGAAGUGCAACAUCAAGAAGCGAUCUGUCUAA